UCAGCCAAGAUGGCUACCAACACAGGUAACUGUGAUGCUCGUGCAGAAGAGAGCAUGCAAGUACCGAAGGUUAAAUCGAAAAGCCACUCUAUGUGUUGCGUGGUAGGCUGCACUUCCACAGCAUUACCUGGACUUGUAAGCUUACAUGUAUUCCCGAAGUGUUCAAAGCUAAGAAAACAAUGGGCAAUUAAAUUGCGCAUUGGUAAAAAGGUUCAUGACAGAAUGUUGGUAUGCAGUAAGCAUUUCAAUGACACAGAUUUUUUCCCACCACCACCAGGAUUGGUUGCCAUUAGGCGCCGAUUAAAAAAAGAUGCAGUGCCAUCUCAGUGCAUACCCAAACGAUCUUUAGAGAAAACACUACCCUCAACAAAUGUUGAUAAAAGGAGUGCUCGUGCUGCAGCUCGAGCAGCUUCAGGAGACACUGGGAAGAGGACUGAUCAUGAGGCUGAGAAAGAAUUAACAGCAGCUGGAACGUUGUUGGAGCUGAGCUCAGUUAGGGAACAGUUAAAAACAGCAGAAGUGUCGUUGGAGCUAAGCUCAGUCAACAAAAUGUCUGAGGAAGAUGGACAAUCCAGAGUUUUUACCACCUCCACAUCAGAUGAAGUUUCGCCUAAUAUUGUGUUAAGUUCAGAACAACCUACACUUGGCACCAUGAUUCAAACACACAGACAGCUCUAUGCAUUUACUGGAAUACAAACAUUUGACUUGUUGAAUGCUAUUGUUAAAGCUGGAGAACCCCUUGAUAAAAAUCAGCGGCUUUUAUCAUUCCAUGAUAAAGUACUGCUAACUCUUUGCAAGUUAAAAUUAAACAUUACCUUCACUUGCAUAGCUCUCUUAUUUAAAAUUCCUGAAAGUACAUGCAGAAGAUAUUUCAAAGAAACAUUAAUUGUAUUGGAGGCAGUUUUAAAAAGUGCAAUAUAACAAAAGAGAAUUUCUUCAAAAUUUACCAUUAAGUUUUUCCAAUUAUACAAAUGUUUGAAUAAUUUUAGAUUGCACUGAGUUUGCAGUUGAAAAAACAAAGUGUCUAAGGUGCAGAAUCCACACAUACUCACAUCAUAAAGGGGGCAAUACAAUUAAGAU